AUGCCUUUUGCUCAGAUUGUUAUUGGCCCACCGGGUUCAGGGAAGUCCACAUAUUGUAACGGAUGUUCACAAUUUUUCAAUGCUAUUGGGAGACAUUCCCAGGUGGUAAAUAUGGAUCCUGCCAAUGAUGCUUUACCUUACCCGUGUGCUGUGGAUAUUAGAGACUUUAUAACUCUGGAGGAGAUCAUGAGAGAGCAACACCUGGGCCCUAAUGGUGGUUUGAUGUAUGCCGUUGAAUCUUUAGAUAAGUCCAUUGAUUUAUUUAUACUACAGAUCAAGUCACUUGUAGAAGAAGAGAAGGCGUAUGUUGUGUUUGACUGCCCGGGACAAGUUGAGCUGUUUACGCAUCAUUCUUCAUUAUUCAGCAUUUUCAAGAAAUUAGAAAAAGAACUAGAUAUGAGGUUCUGUGUGGUGAAUUUAAUUGAUUGUUUUUACAUGACAUCUCCUUCACAAUAUGUCUCUAUUUUGCUACUAGCAUUAAGGUCUAUGCUAAUGAUGGACAUGCCUCAUAUCAACGUCUUUUCAAAGAUAGAUAUGUUGAAAUCAUAUGGUGAAUUGCCAUUUAGAUUAGAUUAUUACACAGAGGUUCAAGAUUUGGAUUAUUUGGAGCCGUAUAUUGAAAAAGAAGGUUCCGGUGCUCUGGGAAAAAGGUAUAGUAAAUUGACUGAAACAAUCAGUGAGCUGGUUUCUGAUUUCAACCUGGUUUCCUUUGAAGUUUUGGCUGUGGAUGACAAAGAAAGUAUGAUAAAUCUCCAGGGUGUUAUUGAUAAAGCUAAUGGAUAUAUAUUUGGUGCAUCUGAAGUGGGCGGUGACACGGUUUGGGCCGAGGCCUCGAGAGAAGGUGCAUUGCUCGCAAGCUAUGACAUUCAAGAUAGGUGGAUAGAUAAUAAAGAAAAAUAUGAUAAAGAAGAAGAAGAGAAACGGGCUGCAAUGUUGAAAGAACAAGAACUACAAAAUAAAGAAGUUAAUAUAGACGAAGAAGACGAGUGGCAGAGUGCACUAAACGACUGGGAGGAAAAACAAGGCACAGAUUUUGUUAGAUAG